AUGUCUUCACUUGAUUCUCAAGAACAUCAUAUAUCUUUGCUGGAUUUAAAUCAUCAGUUCCCAUUUGAGAUAGAUGAAGAUUUAAAGAUACAGCUGUCUUUUGCGGAAACAUUGAUCAUAAGUUGCGCUCACUACGAGGGCGAGGUCUACACUGGUGGUACAGAAAGUGGGCAAGUGGACGAUGAAGAGGAAUCCGACUCCGAUUGGACCUGCACUGAGACCUCUAAAACUGAAGGCAGUGAUGAGGCGGCGGCCGGGCCCUUCGAAGUAAAAGAUUACGUCGAGGAGGCUGAGCCUGAAGAACCUCCUGAAGAUGACAACGAUUUUCAUUUCUAUUUCUACGCUGACUGCAACAAGCCACCUGCACCGCAACACAGUAAACAAAGUGUUAUCACCAUUGACGGUAUCCCUCAAAUAAAUCCAGCUGCUAAAGAAGCUACGUAUUGUACAUGUGAUAAAGACAGAAAAGGCAAAUGCACUUGUCAUGCAGUUGUACCCUGCAAAUGUGGAGCUAAAAAGAAAUCUGAAUGUAAGUGUGGCAAAUUAGAUGAAAUUUGCAUUUGUCACGACGAACCAGCUCCCGUUUGCGUGUGUCAUAAAGAAAAGGAGGUGUGUACCUGUUUUCCAGAAGAACUCCCUCGUCCAGUAUGCGUUUGUAGCGAAGUUGAGAAACCUUGCAUUUGUCAAAAGGGUAAAUUUCCUAGCCCGGUUUGUAAAUGUAAAUACAAACCAACAUAUUCUGUAGACUCCGUUAUUUUCGAAGGAUUAGAAUGGGGAGAAGAGCACGAAUUAGAAACAGUAGCUAGUAAAGGAGGGGAAGGAGGGGAAUCUACAGAACUGUCUGACCGAGAGCCGUGUGAUUGUCAGAAACCGGAACCCAAACCUCGUUGUACUUGCAUCAAAGGCAAAAAGUGCAUUUGUUUGGAAGACUCUUGUAUAUGUGGGGUGCAGCACGUUUGCAUCUGUGAUGAUGAUGGCCAAGAACCAAUAGCUAGGAUCGAAUCUGAGGACAAGCAGUCUGUUUGCUUAUGUGAGGAUCCUAAAGAGUGCACCUGUGAAGCUAAAGAUGAUGGUUGCGAAUGUUUUCCGGCAAAGACCAUUUGUACCUGCGGCGACCCUGAUGAUUGUAAAUGCAAGAAGAAAUGUGAAUGCAUGGAGCCUUGUAUUUGCGAUACACAACAAAAAAUAGACGAAUGCAUUUGUCUGGACAAAUCGAAACAAGCUGCACAUGGUCUAGUUUGUACGUGCCCUUGUAAGGAUAAGGACGCGAAAAAAUUGAAGAAAAUACGAGCUGGAAAACAUGGUUACCGCUGGUGCCAUGACGUAGAUCCAUAUCACACUUACUUUGACUAUGCCUACGGCAGGCACGAUAAGAUAUCGUAUAAAGAACAGGAGAAGGAGAAAUUCAAGAUUUUAGGGCUCUAUGAUUCAAAGGAAGACGUUUGUCCUGUUCAUGGAUUGAAAAAUCCUAAAUUCGAAAAGAAAGUCAGAAAACCUUCGUUGGACUGCUGUAGCUCUGUUGGAGGUAUAACGAUCAGCGUUGAGUCUCUGGGAGAGGAGAGGGAUAAAUUCCUCGUGCAGGUUGUAUCUCAUUCAUCCAAAGAGGGCGCUAAGACUGGAUCAAAACUUGUUAGCAUCAUUGACCUCAACCUUCAUACGUUGGAAGAAAACAGAAUCGAGCAUAUUACUAAAAAGGACAUAACUAAGGAGCGUAAAAACUACAUGGCAAUAUGCGAGAGCGGUUAUUACAAUAAAGUAACUCGAAUUUGUGGCGAUCGUCACAUUGUGAAGCGUCUAUACCACACUUUUGAGAAGGCUCAUGAUUUCUUGCUAGAAGGUGCCAAUGUUGUCCUGCUUCGAUAUUUUGCAAUUACUCGAUAUAAAGGUACUGUCAAGACUUAUACUGUAUUGAUGAACGGCACUAUCUGCGAGAGUGUCUACGUAUGCACUGGCGUUAGUCAAGCAGUUGUAAAUGGGAAGCAAUUAUUUGUGGUGAAAGUUGAACGUCACAUAAUUGAACCAAAUGGAUAUGUACACCAAACUUUAACUGUUCUUACUCUCAGAGGUUACAUGGUAAACCACGAGUGGGCUGAUAACAACUACGUGAUGCAUAUCAACCCACUGCUGAAUAUUGUACCUGAAAGAGAUGAAAUUGAGCAACACUCCCCGCUUCGAGACAGGUGGCGUGAAGAUCUACAGCUCUUAUCGGAUUACUUAGACUUCAAGAGCACGCGUUCAUCGGAAGGCGCCCGUUACGUGGCUGAGAACGGUAUGCUGACAGCUACCGUUAGGGAUUACCUGCAGGCCAUUCUGCUGCUGAAACCGAAAGACGUCCUUCACUUCACCCGCCAUUACUUCGACUCGGCCCUAUCAGCCCUGGACUUGCCUCGUGACGAGUACUUCGACUCUUGCCCGAAGCACGUUAGAUAUUACUAUAUUGAGGAGUAG